UCCAAGUAGGCUCCGUACUGUCAGUGCAGAGCCCAACAUAGAGCUCAGUCUCAUGAACCACAAGAUGAUGAUCUGAGCCAAAAUCAAAUGUUGGAUGCUUAACUGACUGAGCUACCCAGGCACUCUUAAAACAAAGUAAAUUUAAAAUGUGACUGUAUUUAACUACAACUACAAAAUAAUGUGGAAAUAUUAUAGAUGGCAUAAUAUUAAAAAACAAAAUGAGGUAGCUGUGAGAGUGUGGUAUGAUAUUAAGUACCAGUGUCACUGUAAUGAGGCUUCCUUGGUUUGAUCCCUCACUACAACUUCCCCAUACCUAAAUUCCCCUUGUCUGUAAAAGGAGAAUGAUUUUAGUUUCUAGCUCACAAAUUUGUGAGUAUUAAAUAUUAGGCUAUGCAAAGCAUUAAUAAUAGUGGCUCAUGCAGGUGCUCUGGUAAGAUACAAAUCAAACUUGGUAAAUCUCUCCACAAGAAAAUACAUUACAGACGUGGAUUUUUUGGAGGAAUAACUGGACAUGGAGAUUUGGGGAUUUCUGUUUCCAUGAAAAAUGUAGCCCACAACUCAUGUUUUUACAGAAAAGCUCUGCGUGUGUAUUUUGAUGUCAAACUCUUGGAAAAUGACAGAAUGGCCUUCGGAGAUUUGAAAUUUGCAAUGAUCUUCCUGUUCCAGAUAGUCGUUGGAGUUUGGGGAAAUUUCUUGCUCUUAUAUCAUUCUGUGACCCUUGCCUUCAGUGGAUGCAAACCAAGGUCAACCGAUUUAAUUCUCAGGCACCUGACUGUAGCCAACUCCUUGGUCCUUCUCUCCAGAGGAAUCCCAAGGACAAUGGCAGCUUUUGGGUUAAGACAUUUCCUCAAUUAUUUUGGAUGCAAACUUGUUUUAUACAUUCACAGAGUGGCCAGGGGUGUGACCAUUGGCACCAUCUGUCUCCUGAGUGUCUUCCAGGCCAUCACCAUCAGCCCCAGAAACUCCAGGUGGGCGGAACUUAAAGCCAAAGCCCUGAAGUACAUCGUGUCCUUCAAUACCCUCUGCUGGGUCCUCCACAUGCUGGUAAAUUUUAUUUUUCCAGUGUUUGCGACUGGCAGAUGGAGUAACAAAACCGUCACAACGAUGUUCUGUCCUACUCCGCUUCACGACAAAGUCUCAGACUCCACGUAUACAGCAUUGAUAGCCUUUCAUGAUGUUUUAUGUUUGGGGCUCAUGUCCUGGGCUAGCGGCUCAAUGGUGUUCAUCCUGAACAGGCACAGGCAGCGGGUCCAACACAUUCAUAGGACCAAGGCCUCCCCAAGAUCCUCCCCCGAGACCAGAGCCAUCCACACCAUCCUUUUUCUGGUAAGCACCUUUGUAUCUUUGUACACCCUCUCCUUCAUGUUUUAUGUUUAUCUGGCUCUUUGUGAUAAUCCCAAUUGGUGGGUGGUGACCACCUCUAUACUAAUCACCACAGGAUUCCCGACCGUCAGUCCCUUUGUUCUCAUGAGCCGUAAUCCCACUGUGUACAGGCUCUGCUCUUUCUGCUGUGGAAGAAAGACAGAAUUCCCUGAUCUCAUCAGAAAAAUACAAAAUGGUUUGUUUGGGGCUGUGUUUAGUCAUUGAUGAAAUCCUCUCACCCAAACCCUCAAGCACAAUUAUAAACCAGUGUCAUCGUAGAUAGACUAGUAAAUAAGACAGACUGUGAUUCUGUCCUAAUAAUAAGAAGUAAAUGUUAGUAGUGGUAGUAAAUAAAGUGUUACGUACUUACAUAAGUGCAGUUCAUCAAAAACUGCUGUGGAGAAAUUCAGAGUCCGUGCAAUGAUAAAAUGGUCGUGAAGGCAUGUGAGAUACUGAAAAUGUUUUUGAGUGUCAGUUUCAAUCUGAUGUAUUAAAUUUUCCUAAAACUUAACUGGGCAUGGAAUUGUAAGGACAGUUCCCUAAAAAAGGAAUUGCACGUGGGGUGAUCCAUCCAGAAGGAAGAGAGGCCUGGAUGUUAAUGCCAAUGGCCGGGUGUGAAGCAGGAGAAACGUUACAUUUCAGCUCUUGCAGAAAUUAAAAGCCUUGUUUUAAAUUUUGUCCCUCACCUCCUAAGGUAAAUGGUGGUUUGAAACACAGUAGUGGCGGGGCGCCUGGGUGGCUCAGUCG